GGUCGAAACAAGACAAAGAAGAAGGCACGUGAAUGAGGUUCAUAAAAUCUGUAAUUGCACGCAUCACCAAGCCACUCCAAAUUCCCAACAACUGGCUUUUACCAGGUUGUAUUUGCUCUUGUUUUGCCGUCUCAUUCACGAAGUUUCUCUUCUUACCCAAAACCAAACCAUAAAUAUAGCUUCAAACUAGCAAUUUUUCUUCCUUAAAAAGAAAAAAGCGUAUUCAUUUUUAUUUUUUUGGGGCUCUUUUUCCCACUAGAAAUGAAGAGGCAAAGUAAUGCGGAAAGGAAGGGCCUGAAGUUUGAAGGUACAACAAUGGCUAGCAAGAAGGCAAAGAGAGAGGUACUAGUUGAGCAAGGCAAAGAAGAUAUAUUGGGAAAAGUGAUGGAGGAGAGAAGGGCCGGUGGAGAUCUUCAUCAUCAACAUCAUCACCAUCAUCAUAAUCAUAAUCAUCAAAUGGGUAUGAAGGUGGGUGAGAAUGUGAUGGUUUGGGAGGAGAAUUACUGGCCCUGGAUGAGCGGAUCAAUGGUGGUGGAUGAGCAAAUGUCAUGGGGCUCCAUUUGGCUACCCAGUUGGGAUGUGGAAUUUAUGGGUGAAGCUUGUAAUGCUUUGUUCUCCGAUGUUUUUUGUGAUGAUGAUAUUUGGGGUAUUAGAGGAAUCAAGGAAGCUCCAAACCCAUAAAGAAAAAAAAGGAAAAAAAACCCAAGAAAAAGAGAAACAUUGAAGAUUAGUCAUGCAAUUUUUUUUUGUUUUUUUGUUUUUUUUCUCUCUAGUGAUGUACAUAUGAAGGUUCAGGUUUAAGAUAGGGUAAUUUGGGAUUAUGUCCAAUCUGGCCUGCUUUAACUUGGGCCAUCAUGGUCGUGCAAUAUGUUUUUUUUUUUUCUUUUUCCGGGUAAAUGGUCGUUCAAUAUGUUAGGUUUUUUAAUUUACAAUUAUCAUAUUCUGCUAGUAUUAGCACAAGUUUUAUUUCAUGGGCAGAGAAUAAUGUAUUGUAAGUUUGUGAAAAUGAUAAUUUGAGGAUAUAUAAGGUUUCCAUAA